UUCCCUCUCUACAGACACACUGCUGAUCAUUUUUUUUCUUAGAGACACUGUGCAAUGGAUGUUUAUUUUCUCUCUGGCUUUACAAUGUACAGAGGAAUAACAGGGCUGUCAAACACUUGCCUGGAAAGGGCCAAACGAUUAAAGGCAUGCGUAGGUGGAUUUCUGCAGAGACAAGACUUGGGCAGCCUAUGCAGAUACAGAAAACCGAGGUUGACCUUGGAGGAAUGUCUGAUGUGGAAAGUGUCUUUUGAGAAGCUCCUGUCCAGCAAACAUGGAUUAUAUGCCUUCCGAUCUUUCCUGGUGUCCGAGUUCAGUGAAGAAAACAUUGCUUUCUAUCUGGCCUGUGAGGACUUCAAAAGCACAAAGUCUGUGGCUAAGAUGCCAUCCAAAGCAAAGAGGAUCUACGAGGAGUUUAUCGGAAGUGAAGCUCCUAGAGAGGUUAACAUCGACUAUGAGACUCGAGACAUCACUCAGGCCAACUUGAAAAGCCCUACAGCAUCCUGCUUCGAUAUGGCCCAGUACCGCAUCUAUAUUCUUAUGGAAAAGGACUGUUACCCACGAUUCCUCAGAUCCGCUACCUACCGAAAUCUAGUCAACCAGCUCAAGUUGAAGAGCGCCAAGGCGAAAACCAAAGAGGCCAUUGAGAUCAGACCACCACAUGAAGAAGAAGAACCAAAAUGAAAAACAUAGCUGCAUUUUGGCUCUACAAGAGAUGGAAGCUCGGCAAAAAGUGGAAGGGACCAGUGCGGAUCCUAAAAAAAGGCUGUUUGAGGCAGUCGGAGUGCCACGAGAUGAAGAGAACCGUGUAAUGGAUUCAGAGUUCAUCACUGCAUUGCCAGACCCCCUUUAAUAUUAUCCAAAAUAGGGAACAGCAGAGCCACUGGUGUAGAGAGUUGCAUCUGCACAUAUACCUGUACUCGGUACAAAAGAUAUGCCGAUGGACUCUACCGAUGUAUGCAUAUGGCAUACUUUCAGCAAAUUAUGUUUAUGGAAUGGAGAAAAGUGUUUGAUUGUUUAAUGCAUCCAUUUACAUUAUUUAUUUAUCUAUCCUUUUUAUGUAAUUACAUUAACACUUUAUUUGAAUAGUCCACUAGACAUUCUCUAAGUAACUUUGCUACUACAUGUCAACUAACUCUCAUUAGAGUAUUAGUAGAUUGUCUGCUUAAUAUUAUGCUAUUAUUCUACUUUGAUAUUUCCCCAACUGACGGUUCAACUGACUACAAGUAACUUAUUUCAUUUAGUAACAUAUUCUACUAACCCAAAUCCUCACAGUCUACUAAUACUCUUUUAGUUAGUUGACAUGUAGUUGCAAAGUCACUUAUAUAUGGUACAAUGUCUAAAGUGGACUAUAUCAAAAUAAAGGUACCAUGAUACAGUGGUGUAUCUUAAUUUAAAGAAUAAAAUAAUAUAAUGAAAACAAAAACAUGUUUUUAAAAUGAUAUAAAAAGGUGAUAUCAGGGUAGCAUCAUGUAAGUGACAAUCUGCCUUGGACUGCUUUGAGGCAGCUUAAGAAUGUGAAAAGUUGGUGUGUAACUAUUUAUUUUAAGUUAUUUUAGCUUUAUACAUGUUUUUGUUACAGUUACAUAAAUGUUCGAUUCAAAUGAAUAAAAU